CGCUUGGCUUGCUGGGGCAACCAUCUUUCACCAAUUGUUGCUCUUUCUCUUCACUUUACCAAGAAAAACAGAGAGAAAGUGAGAGAGAAAAUCCAUAACGCUCCCUUAAAAAAACCAAAACAAAACAAAAACAGUUUGUAUCUAUCUAUCUACAUGUCUAUAUAGAGAGAGAAAGGGGUGAGUUGUAGAGGGAGAGUGAGAGAGAGAGGGAGAGAGAGAGACGUGGGGAUGGGGGAGAAAAGGCUGUGUUCAUGGUGGUGUUUACCAUCAUCUUCUUUAAAGCUUUUUGGGCUGAUUGUUCCAUUGAUUUUGGUUUCUGGGUUUGUGGGUUUAGUGGGUCCGAAGAACUCCAAUUGGGUAUUUGAUUCGAACAAGUUGUAUCCAUGGGCAUGGAAUUCUGUGAUUCCAUCAUCAUCAUCAUCAUCAUCUUCUUCUUCUGCAAUGUUUGUAGGACUAAAAUCAAACUCAACUAGAGAUUCAGUUUCAGCAAAGGAGGAGCAUUUAGAUGCAGUAUCAUCAUCAGAUGAGUCCAUUCUUUAUCGCUCUUCUCCUCCACCACUUCCUAUUAAUCCCAUUCACAAAACCCAACCACCUGUUCAGAAGAAUGAAGCGAGCUUGAAUGCUACCACCAUGAGUGCACCUCAAAUUGUUCCUUCCACAAAUGAGUCUCACACUAUCCCCCUGAAGGUGGAAUCGACACGAAAGCCUAGCAAUUUAAAUAAACUAGAAGCCAGUCUCGGACGAGUUCGUGCUGCAAUAAGAGAAGCAAGAACUAAUGGAAAUCAAACACACGAUCCUGAGUAUGUUCCCGGAGGUCCAAUGUAUUGGAAUGCCAACGCCUUUCACAGGAGCUACUUGGAAAUGGAAAAACAAUUCAAAGUAUUUGUCUACGAAGAAGGAGAGCCCCCAAUUUUUCACAACGGUCCAUGCAAGAGCACAUAUGCAAUGGAGGGAAAUUUUAUUAACCAUAUGGAGGUUAGCAAGUUCCGCACAAGAGAUCCUGACAAAGCCCAAGUCUUCUUCCUACCAUUUAGUGUGACAUCGAUAGUUCACUUCAUUUAUGUGCGUGAGUCCCAUGAUUGGGCUCUGAUGAAACAAACAGUCAAUGAUUAUGUCAAUCUCAUUGCGCAGAAAUACCACUAUUGGAAUCGAAGCCUUGGGGCCGAUCAUUUCAUGCUUGCUUGCCAUGAUUGGGGGCCAGAGCUUUCCUCUUCCGUUCGUUACCUAUACAAAAAUUCCAUUCGGGCUCUAUGUAAUGCAAACACCUCAGAAGGAUUCAACCCCUCAAAAGACGUAUCAUUUCCAGAAAUCCUUCUCCCGGAUGGCACGACAAAUCGCUUACUUGGAGGUCCAUCCCCUUCGCAACGCCCAAUCUUGGUUUUCUUUGCUGGAGGGGUCCAUGGACCAAUUAGGCCAAUUCUUCUCGAUCAUUGGGAAAACAAGGACAAAGAUGUCCAAGUUCACAAGUACCUUCCCAAGGGUGUUUCAUAUCAUGGGAUGAUGCGAAAAAGCAAGUACUGCAUUUGCGCAAGCGGUUAUGAAGUAGCAAGCCCACGAAUGGUUGAGGCACUCUACAUGGGUUGUGUUCCAGUACUCAUGAAGGACCAUUACGUGGCACCAUUUAGUGAUGUUCUAAACUGGAAGUUGUUCUCGGUUGAGGUUUCGGUGAAGGACAUUCCGAACCUUAAGACUAUUUUAAUGGGAAUUUCUCAGAGGCAGUAUAUAAGGUUGCAGAGGAGAGGGCUGCAAGUAAGGAGGCACUUUGAGGUUAACUUGCCUCUGAAGCGGUUUGACGUGUUCCACAUGAUACUUCAUUCGAUCUGGCUUCGAAGACUGAAUGUUCGCGUUCGUGACUUCGAAGAAUCGUGAAUAUCGUUCGAUGAAUUUAAUUGAACUACCUGUCACAUCGGAUUCGUUGAGGAAGGGGCCAAGUAAGUUGUGUAGUGGAGUAACUUGUGUUGAUUUAUGAAAUUUGUGCAAUUGUAUUUAUUUUUCAGAAAUUAGUUUAGCAUUUUAGGCAAUAAUGUAUGAUCUUCACUUAUUUUGUUUUUUUUUUG